AUGACCAGAGUCGUUAAUCAGAACGAAAAAGACUCAUUCCCACUUUACCCAAUCAAAAUCGUUGGCAACAAAUUCUACAACAGUGGAACCAAGGAACAAUUUUUUAUCAAAGGUAUCGCAUAUCAAAAAUCCCGUGAAGAAGGAGAAGUCUUUGACACAACCACUGAAACCAACUACAUUGACCCUUUGGCCAAUCCAUUUACUUGUUUGCGUGAUUUGGAAUACUUAAAAGAACUUGGUGUCAACGUUGUGCGAAUUUAUCAAGUGAAUCCCAAUGCAAACCACGAUGUGUGUAUGGAAGCUUUUGCAGAAGCUGGGAUCUAUAUAUUGGCAGAUUUAUCAGAACCGUACGUUUCCAUCAGGAGAGACUUUCCUAGGUGGGAUUCAGAGCUUUUGAUUCGGUAUCGAUCAGUAGUUGAUGCUUUGAGCAAGUACGACAAUGUGUUGGGAUUCUUUGCUGGUAAUGAAGUCGCUAAUUCUCAACUGAAUAUUGAUGCAGUGCCAUUUGUUAGAAGCGCAGUGAGAGAUGUAAAGCAAUACAUUCAUGAUCAAGGAUACAGACAGAUCCCCGUUGGGUAUGCAUCGAAUGAUGAUGCUUCAAUCCGAGCAAAUUUGGCCAAUUACUUUGUUUGUGAUCUUAAUGACGAAUAUUCCCAAUCUGAUUUCUUUGCCAUCAAUGUAUAUGAAUGGUGUGGAUACUCGACUUACAUGACAUCAGGAUAUCGUGAGUUGACGGCAGUGUUUGCCAAUUACCCAACACCAGUUUUUUUCAGUGAAUUUGGCUGCAAUAUUAUAACUCCUCGCCCAUUCACAGAAGUAGAAGCGUUGUUUGGGUCAACAAUGAGAAAGACAUGGUCAGGUGGUAUUGCAUACGAGUACUUUGAAGAGAUUAACCAUUAUGGAGUAGUUCAGAAUAAAAAGGAUGGCACCAUUGCAAAAUUGCCCGAUUUUGAAACGUUAAAGACAAGAUUCAAUGCAGUCAAUCCUAUUGGUCUACCUAUAGAUGAAGUACAGGAACGCCCCAAAUUGACCUGUUCCGAACCAUCAGAUAUUUGGAAAGUAUCACUCGAGCUACCACCAACCCCGGAUUUCGGUAAAUGUGAGUGUUUGUGGCAAUCCUUGUCAUGUGUUGUCGUUGACACUGGCUCAUUCGACGAGGAGAGUUUACUCAAAGACCUUUGCUUCAAAGUUGAUUGUGACGAGAUAAACGCCAACGGUAGGUUGGGAAGAUACGGCAAAUACAGUGACUGCAAUCCCAUGAUAAGAGUAUCGUAUGCAUUGAAUAAGUACUAUGAACAAACAGGCAAGAGAAAAGAUAUUUGUACAUUUCAGGGACGGGGUGAAAUUGCUAGGCUUUCUGUUGAUUUGAAUACGAUGUUUUCCACGGAUGGUAGGAAUUGUCAAACUUUAUUGAAUGAUGCUGACCAUGAAGAGGCCCCUCAAGUUGAUAACAACAAAUUAGAAGACGAAGCUGAAGCUGAUGAUGAAAUGGGCGCCAACGAAGAUGACAACGAAGAACAGUACACCAAGACCCCGGAGGACCAUAAAAAGCCCAGAUCCAAAAAAGCAACAAAAGAUGUGAGUAAAAAAAGAAACUCUAAACCAGUCACGACCCCAAGCAGGAAAGUAACUUCGAAUGCAUCAACAUUGGCCCUACCCUUUGAACGUUUUUUCAAACGUAUUUCGCAUUUAAUCUUUCUUGGGUCCCCAAUUUAA